AUGCGAGAAUUUCCCGUGUGCAUGUGCAGGCUUGCCAUUGCUUUUGUUUCUUUACCUAUAGCGUUCGCAGCACCCUCUCUCCGCUCAUCUGACAGUGUCACUCCCCAAUCAUUUGCCUCCGCCUCGUUUGAUAUCAUUAUUGUAGGAGGUGGAACCGCGGGGCUUGUCCUUGCGUCACGUUUGUCCGAGCCUCCUGCCAAUAUUUCUACUCCUCCUCUACGCAUCGGUGUCAUCGAAGCCGGUCACGACCAUGCGAACGACCCUCUGAUUGAUGUUCCGUUUGGAGUGAACUUGCUUGAAAAUUCUAGUUUGGGAACCGUGUUUGGAAAUCCUGAAUAUGAUUGGGCUUUUCGGAGCACACCCCAGGCCGCGCUCGGUGGGAGAGCGAUAUCCUAUCCAAGAGGGAAAUUACUAGGAGGUUCCUCUGCUCUCAAUGCGAUGGAUUGGCAACGUGGUUCACGCACAGAUUAUGAUUCCUGGAACACCGUGUUUGGAAACGGGCCUGGUUGGACAUUUAACUCACUCCUGCCCUACUUCGAACGUGCAGAGCAAUGGACUCCCCCUACGAACCCAAUCCUGAACAUGACAAAAGCCCAAAUUGCCUCCCUCGCCGCUGUUCAUGGAAAGCAGGGUCCACUUUCUGUCAGUUAUAACACUGACUAUACGGAUCUCGAACGUCCUAUGCUCGAGGCGCUUGCGACCUUAGGGCAAACCCCGAAUCCGAAUCCUGACGGUGGCGAUAAUGUAUUUUUGGCCAGAGCAGGUUGCGCCAGGUCCGUCGAUUUGGCUACGGGGACCAGAAGUUAUGCAGCUAGCGCAUAUUACAACAACAAAGUACGGGCACGGAGCAAUCUGGUGGUCCUGACAGGUGCCGUGGUCACCAAACUUAUUUGGGCGAAUUCAACAUCCCAUGAAAUCAGAGCAAGUGGUGUUCAAUACGUUGUGGGAAAUGAGACCUUCCAGGCAAAUGCUACCAAGGAAGUGAUCCUUUCACUCGGAUCGCUCAAGACGCCGCAAUUACUGGAGUUGUCGGGUGUAGGGAACCAGACUAUCUUGGAGAGCUUGGGAAUUCCUGUCACUCUCGAUCUUCCGACAAUCGGAGAAAAUUUGAUGGACCAUCCAAACACACUCUCCGAUUUCACCGUCAAAAAGGGCGUUGUGACACUGGACACGCUUACGUUAAACCAAACAUUUCGAGCGCAGCAGCAGCAACAAUACAAUAACAACCACACUGGCUUUUUCACAUACGUGGCUGCCAACGCCGGUUUCGCCCCGCUUCAAUCACUAGUACCACAAAAACAAUUCAAGUCUAUGCGAAAUGCGCUCGAUACUUACUUGCGCAACACUGUCCUCACGCCAUUGCAACGGGCACAAUACACGCUCAUGAAACGUUUGGUCGACAGCGGAAAGGAUACGUGGAUUGGCCUCAGCCUCCAGCCAAGCGGAGGGCUUGCCAGUGCCCAGUUACCCGGAGAGGCGUACAUCACGACUGUGGCAAUACAACUGUAUCCGUUCAGUCGAGGCUCCGUGCAUAUCAACACGACGAAUCCCUUUGCAGCCCCCGUAAUAGACCCAAAAUAUCUUGCGGUACCUUGGGAUCUUGACGUUCUCACCCAGACUACACAAUUUCUACGCAAAUGGGUUGGUGCAAAGCCGGCGAUUGGCCUGAUUAACGCAACAAACACACCACCUCCAAGCGUCCAAGGCGAUGCUCAAUAUGCGCAAUACGUGAAAAGCACUACUGCCAUGGCUUCUCAAAAUCUCGGAGGCGUCGUGGACCCUAGUCUCAGAGUCUAUGGUCUGGCAAAUGUGCGCGUGAUUGAUGCAGGGAUUAUUCCGUUGACCGUUGGUACUGCUAUUCAGCAAACCGUUUACAUGAUUGCAGAGAAGGGCGCAGAUAUAAUCAAGCAGGAUCUAGGCAUCCUCUGA